ACGCCACGCAUGUAUCGGAUUAAGUUCCCGCAUCAGGGAGGAGGCAGGCGUGACCAUCAGAGGGUCAUAUGAGCGUCAUCAGCUGCUCCUGCGCUUCACAGCAGCGGGGACACACGGAGCUCCAUGUCGGCGCUGGAUAACUGCGCUCUGCCGGGGUAAACGGGAGGAUGCAAACCGCUGGAAGCCUGCGAUAAGCCCCCAUAGGAACAGGUCCAACUCCUGGUUCUGGUUCUGGUGUCUUCAGAACUCCUGUCUGGCCUCUUGGUGUCCAACCCCACUGCAGCCAGGAUGUCCAAGUCCACUCUGCUGAAGGUCAUCCUCCUGGGCGACGGCGGCGUUGGCAAGUCAUCCCUCAUGAACCGCUACGUCACCAACAAGUUCAACUCGCACCUCUUCCACACGAUAGGCGUGGAGUUCCUCAACCGAGAGCUGGAGGUGGACGGGCGGCGGGUCACCCUGCAGAUCUGGGACACGGCGGGACAGGAGCGCUUCCGAAGCCUCCGCACGCCCUUCUACCGCGGCUCCGACUGCUGCCUCCUCACCUUCAGUCUGGACGACGGACAGAGCUUCCAGAACCUCUCCAACUGGAAGAAGGAGUUCGCCUACUACGCCGACGUCAAGGACCCCGACAGCUUCCCGUUCGUGGUGCUGGGCAACAAACUGGACGUCCCCGAGCGCCAGGUGUCUGGGGAGGAAGCCCGCAAGUGGUGCCGGGAAAACGGAGGGCACCCGUACUUCGAAACGAGCGCCAAAGACGCGACAAACGUAGCGUCGGCCUUUGAGGAGGCGGUGCGUCGCAUUCUGUCAUCUGAAGAUGGAGACGAUCACCUGAUUCAGACCGACACAGUGAACCUGCAGAAGAAGCCUCGCCCUGAGCCCAGCUGUUGUUAAUCUGAGGGACUUCGGGGAUUUUGGUUGGGCCUUUUCACUGAUGCUACUGUACAGCUCUGCAUGCUACUAUUUAUGCUUAAACCUGGAUCAACAUUUUAAUGUCAAGUUUUAGCUCAACAAUCAAAACUACACUACGUUUGGUUCACAUAUACUGAGGUUAUCUGUUUUGUUUGUAUCAGGGAAGCAAUAAAGACCAAAAAAAAAAACUGUGAUUAAAAUAUGUUGAUGCCUACAAAAACAGAAGUUGAGAUUAUUUUGUGCUCAUAUUGCAGAAGUAGUGCUCAGAUUGACGUUAACUCUUGCACACCCACUGGAUUUAGUUUUAUUCUCUCCUAAAAUAAUCAUUCUUGUUUUGUAUUGGGGUAAAAAAAAAAAACUGCAUAGAACCCCAGAGCUCUCAUUUCUGAAUAACUCAUAGUGAAAUUAUCUUUUAAAGUAUGAGAUUUUUUGGAUACAUUAUAGCCCAAUAUAAAGCAAACAACUUUCAUAUCUCUCAAGUAUGAGAGUUUUAGCUACAUUAUACUCCAAUAUGAACCGAACAACCUAAGUUUUUACUCUAAAUGUGCUGGGAAGUUGACACAAAUUUGUAGAAUAAUUCAGGUAAUUUUCGUUUUAUUUUUGUGCAGUACCCUUUUCGUCCACAUGGUUGCGCCACUGUUUUACAAAGUUCAUGUUCAAACCAAGUUAAAAUCUGUUGAAAAUCGGAAGAUUUAAAGCCUUAUCACUGCAUUAUCAGAAACACACACAACCUAAAUGGUAAAGCUUCAUUGUAGAAUUAAAAGGAACCAUGAAAACAAUCGGUUACUUUUAACAAGGGUGACUAAUACUAAAGAUUAGCCAAUAAAGAGCGGUAAAUAUAGCAGACGUGCCUUACAUUAAAUUAAACAUUCAGCAAUUUAAAGACUUUUAUGUCACAAAACCCGCCCCGUUUUACUGUAAUAGGUGUUUCCUCGUAACUUUUUUGAUAUUUUAAAUAAAAUCCGCUGGACAUCGACAGGUGAAAACAAUGAUUGGUCACAGGAGGSAGCAAUUAGACGGAAUGACGUCACCUCUGACGUCAUCUGGACACGAAGAAAACGCGAGGAUUAAAAAGUAAGUUUUCUUUUGCUUUAAUAGAUAAAGUUUUAAACAAAAGAUUUUUACUUUAUUUUAUUUAUGUAAUUGAGAGAUUUGGUCAAGUUGAGCCACAGAUUUAUCAGUAGGAAAGAUUUUGAAAAGCGAUAAAACCAAAUGACUCGUUUUGCUUUUUUAAGCUAAAACGCCCCGGAAGAGUUGUUUUCUGUCAAUUUUGUUAUAUACCAAUUAUUAUUAAAUAAAAAUGAAAGCAGCAGGUGUAGCUAUUCUUUUAGUCUAAGCUAAAAAUAGAAUUAGACAACUAUUCGAGAUAAAUGCAUAAAUUUGUAGCAAGUAAGAGCAAACAAAAAAAUAAAACAAA